CGACUAGAGAGUCUUAACGGCGUCCGAUCUCACGUUAGACUCAUAUCUACUUCUCUCUUGAUUCUUCCUCUUGCUAAAGCCUUAGCUGCUACGAAGUUUCUCCUCCAAAUCUGAUAAGCCUCUUCUAGAUUGAUCGGAUCAAGAUGGAAGCUCUGUCUUCUCUCACAUUCAAGGGCUCUGUUACAGAAGCCAUAUUCGAAGCUAAAGGACAGAAGAAGCUUUUUGUUGUCUACAUCUCUGGAGAGGAUGAAGAGUCGGAUAAGUUGAACAACUUGACAUGGACUGAUACAUCCGUGGCAGAGUCGGUGUCCAAGUAUUGUGUUUUGUUGCAUCUCCAAGCUGCAAGUGCUGACGCCACAAACUUCUCCGCUAUAUACCCAUAUUCAUCUGUUCCUUGUAUAGCUGCCAUUGGAUUCAGUGGUACACAAGUUUGGAAAAAUGAGGGAUUUAUUGCUGCUGAAGAUCUUGCAUCCAGUUUAGAGAAGGCGUGGUUGGGACUUCAUAUCCAGGAAACAACAGCAAGUAUCUUUUCAGCAGCACUUGCAUCACAAAACUCAGAGCAACCUGCUUCUAGUGCUUCUAACGUUGUUUUACCUCCUGAAGGCGGUACUUCAGAUGCAGUGGUUGCAUCUCAAUCAACUGGAACUAGUGUCCAAUCCUCAGAGAGAAAAUCAACGAAAGAAAAAAGUGAUGGCACAGCUGCAAUUAAGGUCAAACAAUCUGCUGAACCUAGUAAUCAGCCAGCAUCUUCUAUAGAUGGAACUAAUGCCAAAGUCGAACAUGAAGCAAUAGAGACCUCCUCGUGUGUUCAGGCAGAAAAGGAGCCCAUUCGACCUGCAGCCCCAAGCCCAGAGAAUAGUACAUCCAAAUCUUCUACAGAUAGAAAAAGAAAACAGGAAACCGUGAUAAACAAAGCUGAAAGGGAUAUUAAUAUAGCAAAAUCUGUGUCUGCAGAAGAGAUUGUUAAGCCUAAGGAUGAAGCAGAGGAUGGAGAAAGUUGGAAACAAUCAUCUGAUGUUCAUUUAAACAUUCGAUUGCCUCAUGGUUCUAACCUUCAAGAGAAGUUUUCUGUAACAAGUACAUUGAAAAUGGUUAAGGACUAUGUGAACAGCAAUCAAACAACCGAACUAGGUGCUUAUGAUCUUGCCGUUCCUUACCCCCGUAAGGUUUAUAAGGACCAAGAUCUUGAUAAGUCUCUGUCUGAGUUGGAUUUGCUCGGUAGACAAGCACUUAUAGUGAUUCCGAGGAAAAGAGCAACCGUCUAUCAAAGAGGACCAUCUUACUCCGAGUCUAACAACACAACAGACACUAACAAUGGUGGUUACUUUGCUUAUCUAAGAAGAGUACUCUCUUAUGCAAACCCAUUUUCAUAUCUUGGCGGCGGUACUGCUAAUGCAUCAAGCUCUACUCAAGAACCUCGAGUGCCGGUUGCGUCCAAUGCAGAGCAGAGAAACAAUCUGGCGCGAGUGAGCUCAGAAGGUAGGGGAAACGUUAGGAACAGGAGACCAACCACAUCUAGGAUUGGAAGUAACAUCCAUACGCUAAGACACGAUGAAGAAGACGCUCCGUUUGGUGAUGGAAACGCGUUUUGGAAUGGAAACUCCACUCAGUAUGGCGGUGAAAGCGGUGGUGACAGUAAUGAUAGGCGAUGAAAUGAGACAACUUGAACUCUGUUUGGAUCUAGUGCAACAGAAACAGUUCUAAAUUACUGAACUCUUCUUAUACUUUACUCUCUAUAUGGUUGACCAGCUACAAAAUGUUUCAUGUUUCUGUUUUCAGUUACUCAUAAAAAAAAUUCUAAAAGAUACUCCCUCCGAUCCUAAAUGAUCCAUAUUUUAGAAAAAUAUUUUGUUUCUAAAAGAUUCAUAUUUUACAUUUUCAAUGUAUGUAAUAAUGGUAAAUUGUAAACUUCAAAAACAUUAAUUAUGUUUACUGAAUUUUGAUUGGUUAAAAA